AUGGGUCUCUUGAACGCGUUGAUCGACCGAGUUUGCGAGCAUUGCUCCUCGCAGUCGAUCUUCGCACUCCUCUCAGUCGCAUCUGUGUCAAUCAUUGCGCUGGCCGUGGUUCUCAACGUCUUGCGCCAGCUCUUGUUCAAGAACCCUCAUGAACCUCCUGUCGUCUUCCAUUGGUUUCCUUUCGUGGGCAGCACGAUCAGUUACGGCAUCGACCCUUUUAAGUUCUUCAACAACGCUCGCGCCAAGUAUGGCGACAUUUUCACAUUCGUUCUCCUGGGCAAGAAGACGACCGUCUACCUCGGUACGAAGGGUAACGAGUUCAUUCUGAAUGGCAAGCUCCGGGACGUCUGCGCCGAGGAGGUGUACUCGCCUUUGACAACCCCCGUGUUCGGAAGCAAUGUCGUCUAUGACUGUCCCAACUCGAAGCUCAUGGAGCAGAAGAAGUUUGUCAAGUUUGGCCUCACCUCUGAGGCUCUCCGCUCCUACGUCCGUCUGAUCACCGACGAAGUGAAUGAUUUCGUCAAGACCUCCCCGGCCUUCAAGGACCCCCAGGGCACCUUUGACGUGUGCAAGGUCAUCUCAGAAAUCACCAUCUACACGGCUUCCCGCUCUCUGCAGGGCAAGGAGGUCCGCGACCGCUUCGACUCCACCUUCGCCGUCAUGUAUCACGAUCUUGACAUGGGUUUCGCUCCCAUCAACUUCAUGCUGCCCUGGGCUCCUCUUCCUCACAACCGCAAGCGGGAUGCUGCUCAGCGUAAGCUGACCGAACUCUAUAUGGAUAUCAUUCGCAAGCGUCGUGAGGCUGGUGGCAAGAAGGACUCCGAGGAUAUGGUCUGGAAUCUGAUGUCCUGCACCUACAAGAACGGUACCCCGGUCCCCGAUGAGGAAAUUGCUCACAUGAUGAUUGCGCUGCUGAUGGCUGGCCAACACUCGUCUUCUUCGACCGCGGCUUGGAUCGUCCUGCGCUUGGCCACCUGCCCCGAGAUCAUCGAGGAACUGUACCAGGAGCAGCUCCGUGUUCUUGGGGAGGAUCUGCCGGACUUGACCUACGAGUCCCUGCAGAAGCUCGAUCUCCACUCCAAGGUUAUCAAGGAGACCCUCCGCAUUCACGCCCCCAUUCACUCCAUCAUGCGCGCCGUCAAGAACCCCAUGCCCAUCGAAGGAACUCCCUACGUGAUCCCCACUUCCCACAACGUGCUCUCCUCCCCCGGUGUCAGUGCUCGUUUGGAGGAGUACUUCCCCGAGCCUCUCAAGUGGAACCCCCACCGUUGGGAUGAGCCUAACGCGGGUAAGCUCGAUGAGGAGGAUGCGGAUGAGGAGAAGAUCGAUUACGGUUAUGGUCUCGUCAGCAAGGGUACCAACAGUCCCUACCUGCCCUUCGGUGCCGGUCGUCACCGCUGCAUCGGCGAGCAGUUUGCCUACGUCCAGCUGGGCACGAUUCUCGCGGCUCUGGUCCGGCAAUUCAAGUUCUCCAACCCGCCUAAUGUCGCUGGCAUCCCCGAUACAGACUUCUCAUCUCUGUUCUCCAAGCCCCUGGGCAAGUCAUUCGUCCAUUACGAGAAGCGCGAUGUGAAGGCAUAA